GCCUGGGGGGGUUCUCCGGGGUCCUGGCCUCAGCUCUGUGGCCGCGGCGCGACCUGCCGGGGGAGCGCGAGUCCGGCGACGGGCUCGGCCAUGCCGUCCCGGGUGGAGGACUACGAAGUGCUGUACACCAUUGGCACGGGCUCCUAUGGCCGCUGCCAGAAGGUCCGGAGGAAGAGCGACGGCAAGAUAUUAGUUUGGAAAGAACUUGACUAUGGCUCCAUGACGGAGGCCGAAAAGCAGAUGCUUGUAUCUGAAGUGAAUCUGCUUCGCGAGCUGAAGCAUCCGAACAUCGUGCGCUACUAUGACCGCAUCAUCGACCGGACCAACACGACUCUGUACAUCGUGAUGGAGUACUGCGAAGGAGGGGACCUGGCCAGCGUGAUUGCCAAGGGGACCAAGGAGAGACAGUACUUAGAUGAAGACUUUGUUCUUCGAGUGAUGACUCAGCUGACGCUGGCCCUGAAAGAGUGUCACCGGCGAAGCGACGGCGGCCACACCGUGCUGCAUCGGGACCUGAAACCAGCCAACGUUUUCCUGGACGGCAAGCAAAAUGUCAAGCUUGGAGACUUUGGGCUGGCGAGGAUAUUAAACCACGAUACGAGUUUUGCAAAGACCUUUGUUGGGACGCCUUAUUACAUGUCUCCUGAACAGAUGAAUCGCAUGUCCUACAAUGAGAAGUCUGACAUCUGGUCCCUGGGCUGUCUGCUGUACGAGCUGUGUGCCCUGAUGCCUCCAUUUACAGCUUUCAACCAGAAAGAACUAGCUGGGAAGAUUAGGGAAGGCAAAUUCAGGCGAAUUCCGUACCGUUACUCGGAUGAACUGAAUGAUAUUAUCACGAGGAUGUUAAAUUUGAAGGACUACCAGCGGCCUUCUGUGGAAGAGAUCCUGCAGGACGCUUUGAUAGCGGACUUGGUUGCUGAAGAGCAAGGAAGAACUCUUGAGAGAAGAGGGCGGCGACUGGGAGAGCCGGAAAAGUCGCAGGAGUCCAGCCCCGGGCUCAGCGCCGGCCCCGGGCUCAGCGAGCUAAGGCUGAAAGAGCUACAGUUGCAGGAGCGAGAGCGGGCCCUCCAGGCCAGAGAGGACCGGCUGCAGCAGAAGGAACGUGAGCUUUGUGUCCGUGAGAGGCUAGCAGAGGACAAACUGGCUCGAGCAGAAAGCCUGGUGAAGAGCUACAGCUGGCUGAAGGAUCGCAGGCUCCUGUCUCUGGGGAGCAAUCCAGAGCUUCUCGACCUUUCAUCCUCAGUAAUUAAGAAGAAGGUUCAUUUCAGUGGGGAAAGCAAAGAGAACGUCGGGAGGAGUGAGGACCCCGAGAGCCAUCUCACCUCCAAAGCCAAGUGCAAGGACUUGAAGAGGAGGCUGCACGCUGCCCAGCUGCGGGCGCAGGCCCUGUCGGAUAUUGAGAAAAACUACCAGCUCAAGAGCAGACAGAUCCUGGGCAUGCGCUAGCCCGUGCGCCAGCCCCUUAACCAUGGACAUCCAGCUGCUGCCGCUCGCUGUGCCUGGGCCACGAGCCGUGGCUUAGUGUGUCGUGAGCCUGAUGCUUCAGAGCUGCCGUGCUGUUCUUCAGCAGCCGCUGUACGAGCGCCUGGGAUGUGUCUUCCUUCCUUCUGAACCUGGCGUCUAAUCCUGUGCGUGCCGUGACUACUGCUUAGGAGCGUGAGCUGUAGCGUUCUAGAUCUCAGGGGAAAAUAACGUCAGGAAAACACACGCACGCAGGAGUGGCACGUCCUGGGGCAUCUGGAAUGUCUGCGGGCCGUGCUGAACAGUUGCCUUGUGUAGUUUUAAGGGUGAGGCUUUGAAUGUUCUUGAACUUAGAGAGCUGUACCAGCACAUCCUGCUCCCGCCUGUGCCAGUGCAGUGCGAGCCGUUACCUUUGUGAGCUCGUGGCUGGGACGACUGCUCUUCUGGUCCCUUUUGUUCUCUGUGGGCUGCCGUUCCCCCCCCCCCCCCGUUGGCCACUAAAUAAAAGAA